AUGCCUUCCGUGCACCCAUUCGACUCCGCUAAGGACUACGAAAUCAGAUUGGCCACUAAGUUGGUCAAGGACUCCCACAAGGCUUCCGAUAACGUUCACUUUGUCCAGGUAGACAGAUGUGAUCCUCCAAAGAAGGACAUGAUCAAGUACUUGGAUGUCGAGAGACAUGGUGGUGAGUUCCCAAGAAUCCCAAGAGUGUUCUACUGUUACUACUAUACCAACACUUUGACGUUUAACAAGGCCUUGGUUAACGUUACUGCCGGCCACCUUAUCACCAAGACCGAAUUGCCAGAAGGUGUUGUUGGACCUUUCAUGGCUGAGGAUAUGGCCGAAUGGGAAGAGCACUGUCUUGCUCACCCAGCUGUCAAGGCCGAGGUGGAGAAGUUGCAGUUGCCAAAGGAUUGUUCUGUGAUCACUGAUCCAUGGAUCUACGCUACUGACGAUCCAAAAGAGAAGAGACCAUUGCUUCAGUUUUUCAUGUACAUCCAGGCUAACAAUGGCCACCCAGAGUCUAACCACUACUCUUUGCCAUUGAAAUUCUCCCCUGUGUUCGAGGCCUACACCAAGAAGUUCAUCAGAAUUGACUUCUUGCCAUCUGGAUUUGAUGGUACUGUCACUCCAACUCUUCCAUGGAAGAGAGCUAAGCCAGCUGAGUACCACCCAGACUUAACCAACGAGCCAUUGAGAGACGUCAAGCCAUUGUUGGUUAACCAGCCAGAGGGUCCUUCUUUCACCAUGGAGGGUUCCAAGGUCAAGUGGCUCUCUUGGGAAUUCAGAGUCGCUACUACUGCCAGAGAGGGUUUCGUCCUCUACGACGGUUGGUUCAAGGGCAGACAAGUGUUCUACAGAAUUUCCUUGUCUGAGAUGACUGUUCCAUACGCCGACCCAAGACCACCAUUCCACAGAAAGCAGGCUUUCGAUUUGGGUGAUGCUGGUUUUGGUGUUACCGGUAACUCCUUGAAGCUUGGAUGUGACUGUCUUGGUGUUAUCAAGUACUUGGAUGGUAUGUUCACUGGUGGUAACGGUGAACCAUCUGUUAUGCCAUCUACUGUUUGCAUGCACGAGCAGGACGAUGGUAUCUUGUACAAGCACAUGAACUACAGAACCAAGGCUGCUGUUGUUGCCAGAAGAAGAGAAUUUGUUGUUCAGACCAUUGCAACCGUUGCCAACUACGAGUAUGCUCUUAACUUCAAGUUCGUCAACGAUGGUUCCAUCGACUUGGAAGUCAGAGCUACUGGUAUCUUGUCUACCAUGCCAAUUGACGACAACAUGACUGUUCCAUGGGGUACUGUCGUUGCUGAGAACUGUAUGGCCGCCUACCACCAGCACAUCUUGUCUUUCAGAAUCGACCCAGCUGUUGAUGGCCACAAGAACUCCGUCUGUUACGAUGACGCCGUCAAGAUGCCAAGAGACAAGCUCAACCAAUGGGGCAAUGGUUUCGUGACCGAAAGAACCUUUGUUGAGAAGGCUGGCUCCGUCAAGCAGUCUCCAUUCACCAACAGAGCUUACAAGGUCAUCAACGAGAAUGUCAAGAACCCAAUUUCCAUGGACAAUGUCGGUUACAAGAUUGAGAUGCCUGCCAGACAAAUGAUCAUUUCCGAGCCAGACACUUACAACGUCACCAGAGCCAAGUUCGCUACCGAGCAGCUCUGGGUCACCAAGUACGGUGACAACCAGUUGUUCGCUGCCGGUGAGUUCACCAACCAGUCCCAAACCGAUACUGGUAUUGCUGUCUGGGCCAACGGUACCGACAAUGUGAGAAACGACGACUGUGUCAUCUGGCCAACUCUCAGUUUCACUCACAUUCCAAGAGUGGAAGACUUCCCAGUCAUGCCUGUUGAAAUUCACAACAUCCACAUGACUCCAUUCAACUUCUUCGACAAGAACCCAGGUAUGGAUCUCCCACAGGCUAACAACAACUUCAACAAGUCUUCGUUGGCCAAGGUUGGUCUUGAGGAGAACAAGGCUUGUUGCAAGAGCACCCUUUAG